UUUUGGUUUCUGUAGCACCGAGUCUGAGCUCAACAUUUCAGUUCAACUUCUAGAGUUCACCAUUGCUUCUUGUUCUGACAUGGAGGAUUUGCAGAGUGCCCUUUCAGGUCGGGGGUUAACUGUCUCAACACACCCAGAGAAAGGUCGUUGUCUCGUCUCCAUUAGAGAUUUCUCACCAGGCGAUGUGAUCAUAAGCCAAGAGCCUUAUGCCUCUGUACCAAAUAACUCUUCAGUCGACGUAAAAUGUGAUGGUUGUUUUACAUCAAGCAACCUUAAGAAAUGCUCAGCUUGUCAGGCUGUUUGGUACUGUGGCAGCAUGUGCCAGAAGUUGGAGUGGAAGUUGCACCGUCUUGAAUGCCAAGCUCUUGCAGGACUCAGUAAAAAUAGACGGAAGUCUGUUACACCUUCAAUACGUUUGAUGAUGAGACUCUAUCUUAAGAGAAAAUUGCAAAGUGAGCAGGUCAUUCCAAAGACUGCUACAGAUAACUACAACUUGGUGGAGGCACUGGUGUCUCGUAUCCUAAUUCAUUAUCUUUUGGUCAAUAAUGUGCUUGCUCCGUACACUUUCUGGCCUUUUUUUGUUUUUUUUUUUAAUUCCUUGUCCUGGUUGUUUGAUUUGACCAUUGACUUUCUUCAAGACAUGCCCGAUAUUGAUGAGAACCAGCUAGUGCUAUAUGCACAGAUGGCUAACCUUGUCAACUUGAUACUUCAGUGGCCUGAUAUCAACAUAAAAGAGAUUGCAGAAAAUUUUUCCAAGCUUGCAUGCAAUGCCCAUACAAUCUGUGACAGUGAACUAAGACCACUGGGGACAGGAUUGUAUCCUGUAGUUUCUAUCAUUAACCACAGCUGCUUGCCCAAUUCAGUGUUGGUAUUUGAAGGGAAUGAAGCAGUUGUUCGGGCCAUGGAGCCUAUACCCAAAGGUACAGAGGUUUUGAUAAGUUACAUAGAAACUGCUGGAAGUACUGCAACUCGGCUUAAGGCUCUCAAAGAGCAAUAUCUUUUCACAUGCACAUGUUCCCGUUGCAUGAAAGUGGGCCUGGACGAUGACAUUCAAGAAAGUGCAAUUCUGGAAGGAUAUAGAUGCAAAGACGAUAAGUGCAAUGGUUUCUUGCUUCGUGAUGCAGAUGACAAUUCAUUCAGAUGUCAACAAUGUGGACUACUUAGAAAAAAGGAAGAGAUAGAUCAGAUCACAAGUGAAGUAAAAUUACUUUCAGACAAGGCUUCAACAUCUCUGUCCUCUGAUUAUCCGGAAGCCUGUGCUAUGUAUAAGAUGAUUGAGAAACUCCAACUGAAAUUGCGCCAUUCCCUUUCAGUCAAUUUGAUGCGGACUCGAGAAACCCUCCUCAAGAUUUUGAUGGAGCUGAAAUAUUGGAGAGAAGCAUUAACAUAUUGUAAAUUGACCAUUCCCGUAUAUCAAAGAAUAUAUCCAAUUGUUCAUCCUUUGCUUGGAUUGCAACAUUAUACUAGUGGGAAACUGGAAUGGUUACUUGGGGACACAGAAGAUGCUAUCAAAUCAUUUGCGAAGGCAGUUGAUAUAUUGCACAUUACUCAUGGCAGAAAUACACCUUUCAUGAAGGAUCUCCUGAUCAAACUGGAGGAAGCACGUGCAGAAGCCGCUUACAAACUUUCUCCCUACGAGGGGUAGCAAAUACCCUGUUUCUCCCAGUGACCUCUUUCCUUUCAGCCAAAAGAGGCCUUUUUGAGCCCCUCCAUUUGGUUGAGGGCUGUCUUCGCUUGAAGAUGUAAAGAGAGUAAGGCUAUUAGAUUUCUCUGUCAUUGAGCUCAUUCGUAGGUUGGUUGUAGGCAAGACAAGAUGGUUCCUGAAAUCAAUUCUUCAUCCCUUGUAUUGGUUCACAUUAUGGGAAGAAAGAGGAGAUAAUUUUAUUUAUGGAGCUUCAAUCACUG